GAUCGCAUUAUCAAGAAAAUCUAUAGAAAAUGAUCGCUUUGAAACUUGUCACACUUUGCACAUUGUUGGUAGCUUUCUCAGCACAGGAUACCAAAGAACCAGUUGAAAUUCUCUCUGAAAAAACAUACGCUAACGAAAAUGGAUAUAACUUCGAAUUCAAAACCAGCGAUGGAGUUUCCCGCAAAGAGGAGGGCGAACUUAUCACUGUGGGGGAUCAGCAGGGCAUUGGAGUGAAAGGAUCCUACUCAUACCUGGCUCCUGAUGGACUGCAGUACAUAGUAUCAUACACAGCUGAUGAUAAGGGAUACAAACCUACGAUCAGAAUUGCAUCAGACAAUAAUAGUCAAUAA